AAAGAAAGUUGUUUGUCAUCUGUAAUCUAGAGUUUCCGGUCAGUCAGAAUAAUGGAGAGCGGACAGUACCUCGGAGAAAUCUCAGCUCUGUGCUUUCUCCACCUCCCUCCCCCGUCUCCAUCUCUUCCUUAUCUCCUUGCUGGAACUGGUUCGCAACUACUUUUCUAUGACCUGCAUACUGGCAAUAUGAUCGCUUCCUUUCAAGUCUUCAAGGGUGUUAGGGUGCACGGCAUUUCUUGUCUUCCCCUAACAGAUACAGUAACAGAUACAUCACUUACUUUCAGAGUCGCCGUCUUUGGAGAGCGCAGGCUCAAAUUAUUUCUCUUCAAGAUUCAGUUGCCACAUCACAACAAACAAACGCUCGUCCAUCUGCUCUCUUUUCAGUCCCUGCCUAAUUUGGGUCACUGGGUUUUGGAUGUUUGCUUCAUACAGGAAUCUGUAAUUCUUAAAGGGAGUCAGUUUCUUGCCAUUGGAUGCACCGACAACACUCUGUAUUUCUGGGACACCUUGACAUCUACAAUCAGCUUUCAGGUGAGCUCUCCAGACAGAUGUCUUCUGUAUACGAUGCGCAUUUGGGGUCACAAAAUUGAUUCUCUCCAUGUAGCAUCUGGUACAAUUUAUAACCAGAUAAUUGUCUGGAAAGUAGUAGACACUCUUCCUAUGGGAUCAAAAUCAAAGACUGCUGAGUACAAAGCUGUCCCAGUAUGUAGACUGGGGGGGCAUGAAGGUUCUAUAUUCCGUAUUACAUGGUCUUUGGAUGGAUCAAAACUGGUGUCUGUCUCGGAUGAUCGCAGUGCACGUAUCUGGGAAGUUCAUACUGGAAAAAGAGACUCUGAUGAUGAUGAUGAUACAGAGGUGACUGUUUCUCCUUCCACUGGGCCUGUGCUAUUUGGCCACACUGCCAGGGUUUGGGAUUGCUGUAUGUCCGACUCUUUAAUCAUCACCGUCGGCGAGGAUUGUACAUGUCGUGUAUGGGGACUGGAUGGAACACAACUUAGAAUAAUCAAGGAGCAUAUAGGGAGGGGAGUAUGGCGAUGCUUGUAUGAUCCAAGCUCUUCUCUUCUUGUUACAGCUGGAUUUGAUUCUGCCAUAAAAGUGCAUCAGCUGCAUUCUUCUUUGCCCAUGGGAUCGGAAUCGGAGAGAUGCAAUGGUCUGGAAGAGUAUGAAAGAAAACAGAUCUUUACUAUCCAAAUUCCAAAUUCAAAGCGUACUGCACUAAUGGACAGCAAAAGCGAAUAUGUACGUUGUAUGCAUCUUGCGAGUGAAUGUGAGCUUUAUGUAGCCACAAACAAUGGCUUCCUGUACCUUGCUAAAAUAUCUGAUACCGGUGAUGUAGCAUGGACUCAGCUUUUCUGUAGCCAAGAGGAGAUUCCAAUAGUUUGUAUGAGCGUAUUCCCGGGUUGUGUGGAGAACUGGAUUGCUUUGGGAGAUGGUAAGGGAAGAUUAACUGUCGUGAGAAUUGCUGAUAUCGAGACACCUGAGCUCAAUCUAUCAUUCACUUGGCCUGCUGAAGCUGAGAGGCAGCUUUUAGGAACAUAUUGGUGCAAGUCUUUGGGCCACAGGUAUAUAUUCAUAGCUGAUCCUAGAGGAAGAUUGAAGCUUUGGAAGAUAUGCAAACCUUUUCAGUCCAGUUCUAAAAAAGGAACAGGGCAUGCCGAUGCAUCUUUAGUAGCAGAAUUCACCUCAUGCUUUCCUACAAGAAUACUAUGCUUGGAUGCAUCAUUUCACGAGCAGGUGUUGGUGUGUGGGGAUCUUCGUGGUAAUCUAGUUUUAUUUCCCUUGUUAAGAGACUUGUUGCUUGCUGCACCUGAUGCUUCUGUGGCACACAUUGCCCCUUUAAAUUACUUCAAAGGAGCACAUGGCAUAUCAAGUGUGAGCAGUGUUUCCAUCCAUGGAUUGAAUCCAAGUACCUUUGAACUACACUCGACUGGAGGAGAUGGAUGCGUAUGCUAUAUGGAAUAUGAUCGAUAUAAACAAAAAAUGGAAUUUAUUGGAAUGAAACAAGUAAAAGAGCUGAGUUUGGUUCGAUCUCUCUUCCCCAAUGACAAUGCGGGUCAUAACAUUGGAACUGGGAACUAUGCAAUAGGCUUCACAUCAGCUGAUUAUUUAAUAUGGAAUUUGUCAACUGAGACAAAGGUAGCUGAAAUUCCAUGCGGUGGAUGGCGGCGUCCUCAUACUUAUUUUCUUGGUGAUGUACCAGAGAUGAAGAAUUGCUUUGCGUUUGUGAAGGAUGAAGUCAUUUAUAUGCACAAGCAGUGGGUAGCAACCAGUGAUAGUAGGAUAUACCCUCAGAAUCUCCAUCUGCAAUUCCAUGGCAGAGAGAUGCACUCACUAUGUUUCAUUGUCAAUGAUGGUACACAGUUGAGUUCAGAUGAAAAGCAGGCUCAGCUUUUUCAAUCAGCUUUUGUAGCAACGGGUUGUGAAGAUGGAACUGUGAGGUUGACAAGUUAUUCUUGGGGUAUUGAUAACUGGUCCACUUCAAAAUUGCUUGGAGAGCAUGUUGGUGGAUCGGCUGUGCGAUCACUUUGCUCUGUGUUCAAGGUACAUACCAUUGUAGAUGAAACAUUGGACAGUGAUCAAGGAACAGGUUUAUUAGAAGAUGAGGAAGACAAGUUCCUGCUGAUUUCAGUAGGUGCAAAAAGGGUCCUAACUGCAUGGAAGCGCAAAGCCAGUUUCAGUUCAACUUCAAGACCUAAAACUGAAGAAGCACUUCCAUCCUCAUCAAUGUCGUUCCAAUGGCUUUCCAGUGAUUUGCCAACCAGAAACCGUGGAUCAAAGAAAGAAAAAACCACAGAAAAUCUUAACAAUGUUGAUACUACUCCUCCAGAAAAGAUCAAACCACAGACACAAGUUUGCUGCAGUGAUGGUCUUGAAAAUGACUGGCGCUACUUAGCUGUCACUGCUUUCCUUGUGAAGUUUUCUGGUUCAAGGAUGUCUGUGUGCUUCAUUGUUGUUUCUUGCUCAGAUGCCACAGUUACGUUAAGGGCUCUAGUAUUACCACAUCGGCUUUGGUUUGACAUUGCGCUAUUGGUUCCUUCCACAUCGCCAGUUCUGUCAUUGCAACAUGUCGUUGUUCCUGACCUUGCAACUUUUAAAGAUAAAAGUCAGAUGAGAAGUCUGUUUAUGGUUAUUAGUGGGUCUACAGAUGGAAGUAUUGCGUUUUGGGAUGUGACUGAAGCUGUUGAAGCAUUCAUGCGGAAAGUAUCAGUUCUGCAUAAGGAAGAUUGCAACAACUUUCAGACAAGGCCACGCACCGGAAGAGGAAGCCAAGGUGGUCGUCAGUGGCGGUCAUUGGAAAAAACUGAUAAUGAUACAUCAUCAGAUUUAGGUUGUGCUGCUAAUGGUUCUACUUCACAAGAAAAAGAAAUAGAUACGAUAUGGCCCUUGCAUGUUGUAAAAAAUGCACACCAGUCGGGGGUGAAUUGCCUGCAUGUUUCAGAUGUUAGAGGCUGUGAAUCAUCUUGCUUCUCUUGCAAUGUUAUAAGCGGUGGUGAUGAUCAAGCACUCCACUCUUUAAAUUUUGAUGUGAUGGGUACAGACAAAAGUUGUAAGAAACAUGCAUCAUAUUAUUGUCUACAAAAUAAGUACCAGAUUGUAUUUUCUCAUCCUGACGAAAUUGCCUCGGCUCAUUGCUCUGCUGUAAAAGGUGUUUGGACAGACGGGCAUUGGGUUUUCUCUACUGGGCUUGAUCAGCGUGUUCGUUGUUGGCGUGUGUCGUCAGUGGAUGGUAAAUUAAGUGAGAAGGCCCAUUUGAUCGUUAGCGUACCGGAACCAGAAGCAUUGGAUGUUAGAGUAUGUGGAAGGAACCAGUAUCAAAUUGCAGUUGCUGGACGAGGGAUGCAGAUGAUGGAUUUUUUAGCUCCUGCAGACUCAUGAUCAUUUCAUUGCUUCAGGGAUGCAAGCCAAGUUGCUCAUCGGAGGAUAUAAACC